AUGGAAGACCAAACAGCAGAAAUCAACGAACUCUUUGCAGUACCAAACACAACUCUCGAACGCGAUGUCUUGGGCGAACUCAAGUCAAUCUUGCGAAUCCAUUCGCUCAGUCCGCAGGAAAUGUUCUUCAAGUGGGAAGCAUACAGCUUGAAGAUGGGCCCGGAAACUCAGAUGAAUUACAAAACAGCCAGAGAGUUCAAAAAGGAUCUGCAAGAUGCGUUGGAGAGGGAGUCGAGGGGCAAGGCACAUUUGCAGAGCGCUCAGAAGAGAAGCACAAACGGCACCCCGAGGAAUGCCAAUACUGGCGAUGUCUUUGGCGUUCUAGACGGACUGGUCACCGGCACGCCAUCUAGAGGUCCUCCUAUGAAGCGACGAAACGACUUCGGCACUCCUUCAGCGAAAGCCUCCAAACUCAACAACACAAGCUCUCCAGCAGGUGACAAGACACCUACACUUGGUGCUACAGCUGAACCAUCUCAGCCAGGAGCCAUUCCCUUCGCCGAACGUCAAAAUGCUGGUCAGAUUGUCGAACAACUCAACGGCCACAUCGAGCUCCCUCCCGUCCCAACAUCAGCACCUGCCGAAGCUCGUGUCAAGCUAAAAGCCAACACCGACAUGGCCAAAUUCAGCUACCGACCUAUGGCCAUGAAACUUUCUGAAGCCUCUGAAUUCCUUGACGAGCGCAUCGACGACUUUGUUGAAAUCGUACAGAAACAUCAUCAAUUGGAAUACUCUGCUUUUGGCAAUCCCGCUGCUAUGAGUCCCACCCAGAUCGUAGCUGUCGGGCGUAUUGCUUCCGACACGAGCGAGGGAAGAAUGAAUGCCGCUUCUAUGGUUCUGGAAACCAGUCGUCGCAUGGGUGCUGGUCUUCGUGUACCUCUGCGUAUGGAGAAGGGAGGAUAUGAUUUCUUCCCUGGCAAGAUCGUUGCUCUUCGUGGCAACAACCCGUCAGGAGAGUAUUUCAGUGUCACUGAGGUUCUGGCUGUGCCCUCUCUUCAACCCCCUGCCACAGCUCCUACAAGCAUUGAUGUACACAACGAACGCCUGCAGAGUGACGAUGGUACAGAAACGCGCCCUCUGAACAUCAUUAUUGGAGCCGGCCCCUAUACUACAGACAGCGAUCUGUCCUUCGACAGCUUGCACGAACUCUGCUCGCAAGCCGCAGAAACCAAGGCCGAUCUUCUCAUCCUUAGUGGUCCCUUCAUCGACAUCGAGCACCCGAAGGUUGCCAGUGGUGACUUUUCAUUACCUGCCGACAGCAAGAUCGACCCUUCUUCUGCCACUCUUACAGAUGUCUUCCGCGUCCUUGUCUCACAACCACUAUCCCGCCUCGCCCAAACGUUACCUAGCAUCACAAUCAUCCUAGUACCAUCGGUCCGCGACGCUGUAUCGAAACACAUCAGUUGGCCGCAGGAUCGUCUUGCUCGCAAAGAACUCGGCCUACCCAAGCAAGCAACCUGCGUCACAAAUCCUAUGACGGUGUCUUGCAAUGAUUUCAUGACCGCAAUCAGCAGUCAAGAUGUCCUCUUUGAGAUGCAAAGACAACGCGUCGUCAGUGGUCUAAACAGCGAUGCCCUGGCCUCCCUAGCCCGAAAUCUGCUUACCCAGCGCCACUACUUCCCAGUCUUCCCCCCACUACCCAGAGAUGAAAAAAGUUUGACUGUGGGAGCUAGCCUGGAUGUUGCAUACAUGAAGUUGGGCGAGAUAUUGACAGUCAGUCCUGAUCUAUUGAUCUUGCCGAGUGUGUUGACACCAUUUGUCAAGGUUGUGGAUGGUGUUCUUGUGAUUAACCCUGGGCAAGCGAGUAAAAAGAGAGGAGCAGGUACAUAUGCGAGAUUGAUAGUUGGACCUAGAGAACUGACCGAGGAUGAGAGGGAGAAAGAUGAGGAUGUUGAUCAUCAGUUGUUCAACAGGGCUCGCUGCGAUAUCGUCAGGAUAUAA